CAGACAUGGCGGAGGAUACAGUGUAACUGAGGCUCAUCGGCGGAGUUAGGUGAGUUUUCCCAGCAGUCGAGUCGUCCAAGGGCGCCUUAAAUGAUACAUAAGAAGGGGAAAAUGUGUUCGGCUAAAGCGUGCUUUGCGAGGAAGCAAAAAAGGACCUGAACAGCCACACACGAGAAAGAUGGAAAAAUGUAUCGCUGUUUAGUGCAGUCAACAGCCUUGGGCAACAAAUAUGGCUUCUUGUGCCUUUUUCAAUAUGCUAUAAAAAUUGAUCUCCCGUGCAACCUAAUGCCGUGGUGGCUCCGGCUAACUUCUGCAAGCCGCGAUAAGUUAAGUUCAUUAGUCGCUCGGUACUUUUGAUCGGUAAGGACAUAACAUCCACUUGGCUGUCUGGGUUAGCUGGGAAGCUACGGAACUACAGCGGAUAGCCAUGGAGUCAAAGCACAAAGAGUUGCUAGACCAGUGCCACCAGAACUUAUUGGAGUCCAUAACAGAUGCGGACCGAGUGAUCGAGCUGCUGAUAGUUUCUGGAACCUUGAGCCAGCUCGAUAGGUUCGAACUGGACCAGAAUUGUUCGUCCAGCGCCGAGAAAGUUGACCACCUUUUGAAGAUGCUGAUGAACAAGGAGAGCGACCAUUUCCUCGACCUGUGUGUGGCCCUGGAGAAGGCAUACCCUGACCUGUAUGCUGCCCUGUUCAGCAACAACGGAGGGGGACCUGUGGACCACUCCACGGGUUCCACAUACAGCGUCCUCUCCACUAUGCCCUCGGACUCAGAAAGCAGCAGCUCCCUCAGUAGUGUUGGUUCGCCCGUUAACGGUGAAGCCUCCUCCCCCCCGCCGGCUAUCAACGACAACCGGCCUUCCGGCGACAACCUGGACACCAUCUUGUUCCAGCUCCGUCAGGUGACCAGGGAGAGGGAUGAGCUCCGUAAGCGCCUGGCGUUGGCAUCGCCGGGGACCACCUUCGACGACUGCAGGCCAAAUUCCAAACCCAGCCACGACUAUGAGCGUCUGAAAAGUCAGUGCAUGAGGGCCAUGGCAGAUCUGCAGUCUCUCCAGAACCAGCACACCAAAACACUCAAGAGGUGCGAGGAGGCUGUAAAAGAGGCUGACUUCUACCACAUGCUGCACAGUCGCGUCCUGGGUGAACAGACUCAGUUGAAAGAGGAGAUGGAGACACUCAGGAGGGACAACGCCCAACUUGUUCGGGAGCACAACCACCUAAAACAGAACUGUGAGGAGCUCCAACGACUGCACAGCCAAGACCAGAAAGAGCUAGCAGAUCUGCGGCUGCAGCAACAGCAGGUCAUGAGAGAGAAGGGCUCAUCAGAGGUGUUGAACAAACUCUACGACACGGCUAUGGACAAGCUGGAGGGCGUAAAGAAGGAGUACGAUGCCCUGAGCAAGCGCUACAGUGAGAAGGUGGCUAACCACAACACAGACCUGAGCCGCCUGGAGCAGGCCGAGGAGGAGAACCGGAGGCUGCAGAAGCAGAUGGACGCUUUGCUCAAACAGCGAGACUCGGCCAUGCACUACCAGCAGCAGUACUCCACCUCGAUGAGGAGGUUUGAUUCAGUGCAGCAGGAGCUGAACAAGUCCUCAGCGCAGAACAAGGAGCUGCAGAGAGAGAUGGAGCGGCUGCAGUCGGAGGUGACGCGCUACAAGAACCUGCAGCUGAAGUCGGCCAAAGACUGCGAGAAGUACAAGGAGGAGAGGGACUCUGUGUUCAACGAGUAUCGCCUCAUCAUGAGCGAGAGGGACCAGGUGAUCAAGGAGCUGGACAAACUGCAGACAGAGCUGGAGGCAGCAGAGGCACGACUGAAGAACACCUCCUCGGAGAGAGUGGUGGCCAGUGAGGAGUUGGAGGCACUCAGACAGGAGUUGAACUCGUCACUGGUUGACCGCGACAGGGCCAUCUGCGAGAGGAACGAGCUGCUGGAGAAGUACUGCCACGAGGUCAAGGACAAGGCUGAGGCUCAGAAGGAGCUGAGUCAGGCCUGCAAGGACAUCGAGAUGGUCCGGGAGGAGAGGGACGUGGCUCGCAAAGAGAGGACGGAGGCCAUCAUUCAAAGGGAUCAGCUGCUGCGAGAGUACUAUCAGGCCAGACAGAAACAAGACUCGGCCACCCUGGACAUGGAACGAGCCAAUAAGGAGAUCGAAAUGCUGAGGAAACAGUAUGAAGCCAUGUCCCAGGAACUGAAGGAGGCCACACAGGAGGCGGAGGUGGCCAAAUGUCGACGGGACUGGGCCUUCCAAGAGAGGGACAAAAUAGUGGCUGAGAGGGAGAGCAUAAGGACUCUGUGUGAUAACCUGCGGCGGGAGAGAGACCGGGCUGUCAGCGAUCUGGCCGAUGCCCUGCGUAACCUGGACGAUAUGAGGAAACAGAAGAACGAUGCGUUGCGAGAGCUCAAAGAACUUAAGGAGAAGAUGGAGAGCCAGCUGGAGAAGGAGGCUCGCUUCUGUCAGCUAAUGGCCCACAGCUCUCACGACUCUGCCAUCGACACGGACUCCCUGGAGUGGGAGACAGAGGUGGUGGAGUUUGAAAAGGACAGGGACGACAUGGAUUUGAAGGCACUUGGAUUUGAUAUCGCAGAGGGGGUAAAUGAUCCGUAUUUACCAGGAGAUUAUGGAAUAUUUGUUACAAGGGUGGACAAAGGAAGUAUCGCAGAUGGAAGGUUAAGAGUGAAUGAUUGGUUGUUGAAGAUUAAUGACAUGGACCUGACCAAUAAGGACAGGAAGCAGGUGGUGAAGGCCGUGCUUAAUGGCGGCGGGUUGAUCAACAUGGUGGUACGAAGAAGAAAGUCUCUAGGAGGAAGGCUCGCCACUCCUGUCCACAUCAACCUUGUGGGACACAAAGACAGCGGUAUCGGUCUGGAGAGCGGUGUGUUCGUCACAGCACUCGUUCAGGGCAGUCCAGCAGCCAGGGAAGGUUCUCUCACAGUUGGAGACAGACUGAUCGCUAUAAAUGGCAUUGCUCUGGAUAACAAAUCUGUGACGGAGUGUGAGGCUCUGCUGAGGAGCUGCAGGGACUCUCUCAGCCUCUCUCUCAUGAAGUUUUUCCCUCACAGCACAUCGGGCCAGAACAUCUUUGAGAGUCUGCGAGAGUCAUCGGAGAAAUCCAACGGACGCAUUCACCUGUCGGAGAUCCACUCUCGGAACAGCCGCAACCUCAAACACAACAGCUCGACACAGACUGACAUCUUCUGCCCUGAUGUCGGGAGCAGCAGCAGCACAAGUAGCAUCUCUGGGGAGCGGAGGAAGGUGAGAGGGGAAUCUGACGAGGCGUACAGCGAUGAGCGCAAGCCCUUCUCCAUGGGUUCCCUCCAUGCCACUAGCCUUCGGCCGGCCUCUGACCUGGGCACUGGCCGUUAUGGGCCCAGUGCUUUCCAAGAGUGCUGUCCCUACACAAAGGCGCCUUCCUCCUUGCCUUUUGACCCCGUCUCUGCCUCGGACUGCAUCACAAUGGAGACGACCCUGGAGAAGAAGCACAGCGGGGGCACGUGGCCCAAGAUGAUGGUGGGGGGUAUGUCGGUAGCACCAGAUAACAGCAGUCCAGUCACAGCAGCAGCAGCAGCCCAGCUCUCCAUCUACAAAUCCCCCAAACAGAGGAAGUCCAUAUUCGAGCCGGACACUUUCAAACGCCCCGAAACACCUUCCUCUAAAAUGGAGUACAUGGCAGCCAAUCAGAUUGCUGCAGUAGCCGCUGCCGCUGCUGCAGCUUCAAACGCCCCGCAGCCUUUAAAGACAGAGUCCCUCUCCUUUUCAUCGACCCCGACCCCCCCAACCCCACCCACUCGCAGUGACUCCUUUAAGUUCAAACACAAACAUCAGAGCAGCUCUGCCUCCGACUGCACCAUCACCUCAGAGGGUAAGGGGGAGGCGGCCAUCGCCAUGGCAGCAGGAGAGAGCAGAGAGAGGAGUGAGCGAGAAAGAGACAGGAACGGAAACCACUAUUAUCUGGACGGCAAGGUCCUGACCUCGAGGAAGUCGUGUGACGAGGACAUCGGCCGAACCCGAGGAGAGGAGCCAGAGGUGAAAAGGCCACGCCCUAAAUCUGCCCCCGCCCUCAGACGUAGGAUGACCCCCCAGACCAUCACUCUUCCCUCCUUCCAAAGCUACUCCAACGAUGAGCAUUCACCGGAGCCCAGAGACAUGCUGCGUUCCUCCCCCAGCCGCUCUCACAGGCACAGCGUCGGCUUCGUACCCACAGUCUACAAUGGCAGCCUACCUCCCAAUUCAGCCCACCGGGGUCUGUCUCCUUGCCCCGCUGUGACAGCCGUGAUGAGGAACCCUGUGUACACGGUGCGCAGUCACCGCGUUCACACCAGCAACUGUCCAUCUGUCGCCUCCCAGAUCUGUCACCAGCACACCCACACCAGCCCACAACACCAGGGUCGCCUGAGCCUGGACCUGAGCCAGCAGAAGCGAACGAGUGACUUCUCUGAAACCUUGUCGUCACGCAGCAGCCGAGCUUCACACGGUACAAAUUCACUGCCCUCCAGCGCACGACUCGGUUCUUCCAAUAAUGUCCAGUACCGCACAGAGAGGAUCAAAAUCCCUUCCACUCCACGCUACCCCCGCUCCAUGCUGGGGUCAGACAGAGGCUCCCUGUCGCACUCUGAGUGCAGCAGUCCCAGUCUCAUCACACCUCCACAAUCACCACUCAAUCUGGAGACUUCUUCAUUUGCCAGCAGCCAAUCACAAGGCUCCAUUUCCACUUUGCCUCGCAUCUCAGUCAGCCCUUUGCCGAUGGGGGAGCGCAGGAAAGACAGACCUCUUUACCGUAACCGAUCUUUUCUAAGGAUUCCUCUGGCUGCAAGGCCGAGGUUCUCCUCUCUCAGGAGCCUCAGGCCAUACUUGGAAGAACCCCGCAAUGUGGUGGUGCAGAAAGGCGCAGAGCCUCUGGGCAUCUCCAUCGUCAGCGGGGAGAACGGAGGCAUCUUUGUCUCUAAAGUAACUGGAGGAAGCAUCGCCCACCAGGCGGGGUUGGAGUAUGGAGACCAAUUACUGGAGUAUAAUGGGAUCAACCUGCGUAACGCUACGGAGCAGCAGGCCCGCCUCAUCAUCGGCCAGCAGUGUGACACCAUCACCAUCAUGGCCCAGUACAACCCGCACAUGUACCAGCUGGGAAACCACUCGCGCUCCAGCUCCCGUCUGGAGCCAGUCAGCUCUCUGUCGACCCCCCAGGGGAGCGGAGCCGCCACCCCCGACAAUCACUCCACCAUCGACACACUCAGCGAACAGGACGAAGGCACGCUCACUCCUUCCUCCAAGCAGACCACACCCAAUACCAGUCCCCACAAUUUCAUCAGAAUGCCGUCUGAGGGCAGCAGGAAGGCGGUGGAGCCACGGUUGGUGACGGUGCGGCGGCCCGGGGUGGAGGUGGGGGUCACACUCUGCGGAGGGAACCUACGGGGCGUUUACAUAGAGAGCCUGGAUGAGGACAGUCCUGCCAGGGGCCCCGACGGGCUGCUUCCUGGGGACCUCAUUCUGGAGUACAACUCGGUGAAUAUGAAGAAUAAGACGGCAGAAGAGGUGUACGUGGAGAUGCUGAAGCCUGCAGAGACGGUCACUUUGAAGGUGCAGCAUCGGCCAGAUGACUUCAGCGCACUCAAAGACACUCCAGGAGAUGGCUUUUAUAUUAGAGCACUUUACGACCGUACGGGGGAGGCGGAGGGGGACCUCAGUUUCAAGAAGGAUGACAUCCUGUACGUGGAUGAGUCUUUACCAAAGGGCAGCUUUGGGACAUGGAUGGCCUGGCAGCUAGAUGAGAACGCACAGCAGAUCCAGAGGGGGCAGAUCCCCAGCAAGUACAUGUGGGUGGAGAAUUCAAGGAUGGACCAAGAGUUUUACCGCAGACACAGUGUGACAGAAAUGAAGGAAGACUCCGGUAAGACGCUCUCAGCUGCGGCCCGCAGAUCCUUCUUCAGGAGGAAACAGAAACACAAACGAAGCAGCUCCAAAGACAGCAAAGAGAUGGUGGCUAUCGACACAAUCAGCACGGACUCCAUCCCCUUCCUAGAUGAUUGCGUGAGCCUGGCAUACCAGCGGGUCCAGAAGGUGGAGUGCGCUUCUCCACGACCCGUACUCAUCCUUGGGCCGCUCACUGAUGCUGUCAAGGAGAUGCUGGUCAAAGAGUCUCCUGGGAAGUUCUGCAGAUGUAUACUGGAGGUGAUGAAGGCAUCCCAGCAAGCCAUCGAGCGUGGCGUCAAAGACUUCCUCUUCAUCGACUACAAGCGCAGAAGUGGCCAUUUUGACGUGACCACUGUUGCUUCAAUAAAGGAGAUAACAGAGAAGGGCUGUCACUGUUUGCUCGACAUCGCCUCGCACGCCAUUGAAAGGCUCCACAGCGUUCACAUUUAUCCAAUUGUUGUAUUCGUCCGCUACAAAAACGCAAAGCAGAUCAAAAAAGAUUUCUCUCCAAAGACCCUCACUGGCAAAAUAAUUAACAGGGAGCAGAAAGAUCCGGUUUAUCUGCGAGACAAAGUAUCUCAAAAACAUUCCAAGGAGCAAUUUGAAAGUGCGCAGAAGAUAGAGCAAGAGUACAGCAAAUUCUUCACAGGUAUCGUCCAAGGCGGCACCCUCCCCUACAUUUGCACUCAGAUCAUGACUAUAGUUGAUCAAGAACAAAGUAAAGUCCUGUGGACUCCACUCGGCUGCCCCUAGAGGAGACUGGCUGCGACUACAGCGAGCUGCGACCCUCAUCUCCAUUCCCCAAACACUAAUUAACUCUUUCACACUAUACCAAUAGGUACACUACAGUAAGCAAGUUAUGUAAAUUAUUGAUAUUUUUUUAUUUUGUCUUUGUCUUGAUUUAUAAUCAGAGCCUCCAUUUAUUUCUGACGUGCUUCGGAGCAGGUUGGUAGCACUGGAACUUCCACGUUAAAAGUUCAGUCAGUCUUCCCUAAGGGUUUCCGCUGGUGUAUUUGUAAUGCUGCAUUGUAAGCGUCCGUUUACAGUCAAAAGAUGAGUCCGACUAUAGGUGUUCAAUAUUUGCUUGAAUGCGUGUCUCUCCCUAACCUCAACACUAAUGAAGUUCACCCCCCCUUCCCCUUGUACCAAAUGACAUUUGUGGUUUCCCUACAAUUAUGCACCCGUUUAACGACAACUGACAACUAAUUGUGUGUGUGUGUUUGUGAUUUGUGAGUGUGUGUGUGUGUAAGAGAGAGAGAGAGAACAUAUUGAGACUGUUGUACACAAUUGUAUUGACAAUGUCAGUUUAAUCAAGGUCGUGUUUUAGCAUAAAUAUGAUGCUAUAGAAAUGGAAUGCCAGGAUCAGACAUCACAUUCCUUGUGAUGUUUGUCACAAAAUGCAAAAAGCAUCACACCUCUUUUAAUUAUGUAGCUGUGGUUUUACUGAACCUGAGUGCCAGCAGUGACGGCCAUGUUGACUCCAAACACUUCGAUGUUUGCUCUAUGCAUUGUGUUUCUAUAGUAGCUGGGUGUGUGAACAGUUUAGGGUUUGGAAGUGCCUUCGGAGAAGAAGCCUGAUCUGAAACCAGCCCCUGGUCACGGAGCAAGAGUUUAUCUUUCAAGAUCCAUUGCAUCACUUCACACACCAUGGACGAGAUGAUUUAGAGGCUGAUUUGAGACCAGUAAAGUGUAGCGCGCAUGACAAUGGGGAGGUUUUGAGGGUUGGCUGAAGCAGCAGCCAACAGGUUAACUCCUCAGAGUGCACUCCAGGGCUAGACAGACCACUGUGUAACUAUCAUUCUUUCUCUUUAACAAAUAUUUAACAACAAUAUAUAGAGUAUACAGUAUGCAGAUACAACUGAAAAAAAGAAACAUAUAUAUAUUACAUGUAUUUUCACUAGGUCAUACGCCUAGGAACGUCUGGCUGUCAAGUCAUGUCUUAGCAGGUAUUAGCAUGUUUUUAAAAAAGAAUUUAUUUUUGUUUCUCUGUGGUUGGUUGUCAGUCACUUAUCAAUGUACUCGUUAAAAGAGACUCUAUGAAGCAAAAUGUGCAGGGUAAUCUCAAAAGGAUUUUACUCUGCUCUGUUUAAAUGUUAGUGACUUUUCAUUGUUAUUUAAUUGUAUUUUUUAUUAAGAAAGGCAAAAGAUAUUGUGCCCUUCCUCGAAACCAUAUCCUGUAUCUUAUUGUGCCAAAAUCCACUAAGGCAACUUUAUCCUUUUAUUUCUGUUUUGCACUUGUUUAUCUGUUAACCUUAAACAUGUAACUGUUCCUAGGUUUCCAGUAGACUACCAAUAGGUACUAUAAUUUCUACUGUAACUAAUACACGUUUUUAUCUAUCACAUCAGUUCCUUACAUUUCAUUGAUGGCCUUUUAUUCUUAAUUAGAAAAAAUGAUUCUUAUUUGAAUUAUUAAAAAGGGAUCUAUUCUUGCACAAUUUUUCAAAGGAAAAUUGGUCCACAAGUUUGACUAUUGGGCUAAAAUACUAAGCAGAAGCAAACUGUAUUGUUACUAUUUUUCUGAGUAGAUAGUAUACGAUAGAGAGGUACAACGUGAAAUGGUUGUAUUCUUAGGAAGAGUCUAGAUGCCAGGUACUGAUUGGAUUUUCUUUUAUUAAGAAGAAUGAUUUGUAUGUUGAGACAUUAACAUGAGAAUAAAACUCAUUUUCUGUAUCACGCUAA